CGCUGGAGUUAACUAAAGGUAUCAUUUCCUACUCCGAUGAUAGCACUAAAGCCAACCACCGGACACGACCAAGUCAGCUUCAGAUCCAGAUGAGGAGGCUUCAUCUGCAUCGGCAAUCGAUCCUCCAAUUCCUCCUCUAUCUCUUCACAUGCUUCAGUCCACCAAUCGCCUGUGACGAGCUCCCGAAGGCGGCAUGCGAGCCCCCAGGCUACGCCUCCUUCCCCUUCUGCAACACCUCCCUCCCCGUCCACGCCCGCGCCCGCGCCCUCGUCUCCCUCCUCACCCUCCCGGAGAAGAUCCAGCAGCUCUCCAACGGCGCCGCGGCCGUCCCCCGCCUCGGCCUCCCGGCCUACCAAUGGUGGUCCGAGUCCCUCCACGGCGUCGCCUCCAACGGCCCCGGCGUUGCCUUCGGCGGCCCCGUCCGCGCCGCCACCGGCUUCCCCCAGGUCAUCCUCUCCGCCGCCGCCUUCAACCGGACGCUAUGGCGCGCCCUGGCUCGCGCCAUCGCCGUCGAGGCCCGGGCCAUGCACAACGUCGGUCAGGCCGGCCUCACCUUCUGGGCGCCCAACAUCAACAUCUUCCGGGACCCUCGUUGGGGCCGCGGGCAGGAGACUCCCGGCGAGGACCCCCUGGUGGCGUCCGAGUACGCCGUCCAGUACGUAAAGGGAUUCCAGGGCGAGUACGACGGCGGCGGCAGCUCCAGCUCGAUGAUGCUCUCCGCCUGUUGCAAGCAUUACACUGCUUAUGAUCUGGAGAAGUGGGGCAAUUUUACUCGGUACACGUUCAAUGCUCAGGUGACAGAGCAGGACAUGGAGGACACAUACCAGCCUCCAUUCCGGAGCUGCAUCCAAGAAGGCUUUGCGAGUUGCCUCAUGUGUUCCUACAAUCAAGUCAAUGGCGUGCCCGCUUGUGCUCGAGGCGAUCUUUUAGAGAGAGCUCGAAAGGAAUGGGGAUUCCAGGGGUACGUGACCUCAGACUGUGAUGCUGUUGCGAUCAUCUAUGAAGACCAGAAGUACUCUGCUUCCCCUGAAGAUUCCAUAGCCGAUGUUCUAAAAGCAGGAAUGGAUAUCAAUUGCGGAACGUAUAUGCUUCGGUUCACCGAGUCCGCAGUGAAGAUGGGGAAGGUGCAGGAGGAAGACAUCGAUCGCGCGCUCCUCAAUCUAUUCUCGGUUCAGCUGAGGCUUGGCCUCUUCGAUGGCGUUCGAGCCAAGAAGCGGUUUGGGUGGCUAGGACCCGACAGUAUUUGCACUGCGGAGCACCGGCAGCUUGCUCUUGAAGCUGCGAGGCAGGGCAUCGUCCUCCUCAAGAACGACAGAGGUUUUCUGCCCCUAAGGAAGCAUGAAGUGUCUUCCUUGGCCAUAAUAGGCCCUGCGGCCGACGAUGCGAGCAUCUACGGCGGCGAUUACACAGGCGUUCCCUGCGACCCGAUCACGUUCUUGGACGGCAUCCGGUCUUAUGUUCCGAGAACAUCGUCCGCUCCCGGGUGCAUCGACGUGCCCUGUAAAUCCAAGGAUGGAUUCGAGGAAGCCGUGACCGCCGCCAAAUUUGCAGACGUAGUCAUUGUGGUUGCUGGACUCAACCUCACAGAAGAAACUGAAGACCACGAUCGGGUCAGCCUCCUGCUGCCCGGCAAACAGAUGGAUCUCGUAAGGGCCGUCGCCGGCGCCAGUAAAGCUCCGGUCGUGCUCGUCCUCAUGGGCGGUGGCCCCAUAGACGUUUCCUUCGCAGCAGAUGACCCAUUGGUCGCUAGCAUUCUCUGGAUCGGAUACCCAGGUGAAGUGGGAGGGCAAGCGCUCGCAGAGGCUCUCUUCGGCGACGCCAACCCAGGUGGGCGGUUGCCGGUGACAUGGUACCCAGAAUCCUUCACCGACGUCCCCAUGAACGACAUGAACAUGAGAGCUGAUCCCUCGCGAGGCUAUCCUGGGCGAACCUAUCGAUUCUACACAGGCAAAGCGGUCUAUGAAUUCGGCGACGGGUUGAGUUACUCGAGCUACUCCUACAAGUUCUUGCGGGCGCCUCAAAGGAUUAGGCUGUCAGGAUCAUCUGCCGAGAGUUACAUCGACAGGGAGCCUCCAUACGCGACGAAGGAUGGACGCGAUUUACUGGGAGUCGAGGAGGUCUCGUCUUGUGAUGCACUGAGAUUUCGAGUGCAGGUGUCUGUCGUCAACAAGGGCGAUGUGGACGGCAGCCAUGCUGUGUUGCUGUUCUGGAGACCGAGGGCGAUCGGCGAAGGCUCGCCGCGGAAACAGUUGAUUGGAUUCGAGCGCGUGCAUGCAACAGCUGGUGGGGAAGCGGAAGCUGAGAUCGUGGUUGACCCAUGCAAGCAUCUGAGCGUAGUCAAUGAGAAGGGGAGGCGGCUGCUGCCUCUGGGAGCUCAGGUUCUGACGCUGGGGGAUUUGGAGCACCAGUUGCUUAUUGAGGCCUAAAGAUGGGAGGCGAGAAUAAGAGAUUGAACGUAGAAGUGGGUCAGAUAUUUGUUAAUGAUUUAUGAAGGCAAUUACCGGAUACAGAUUAAUUGACCUUAUUAAUUUGAUGA